CUCGGCCAAAUUUCAUUCAACAAAGGCCGCAAUUCGAAGGCUGAAACUUCCGACAACCUUACCAAGUACAAGGUGGAAAAAGGGUUUCAACAACAACAACAACCCAACAAGCUAUCCAAACUUGAAGACCUUGUGAAUACCUUUGUGAGCACGAGUGCUCAGAAGUUCGAGAAGAUUGAGCAAUUAUGGAUGUGGCACCUACCAAGUUUACCUCGGUUGAGGCGGGACUCAGAAGCCAUCAAGCAAGCCUUCAAAAUUUGGAGGUGCAAAUCGGUAGUCUUGUCGGGAUCCUCACCGAGAGACCAAAGGGAGCCCUACCCUCUCAAACCAUUGCCAACCCCAAAGAUCAAGCCGGUGCAAUGCGAUUUACUUGAGAAGCGGGAAGGUGAUUCAGAGAGUUGUUGCUAAGAAAGUGAUUGAGAAGGAAGACUCCUACCCCAAGGAUGGAGAUGAUGAGCCCUCGAAGGGAGAGAAAAAUGGGCAAGGAAGGCAUCGCCAAUGCCAUCUCCGAUGGUUGAGUACAAGCCACCUCUUCCUUUCCCCACAAGUGUUUAUAAGGAGAGGUUGGAAGCGAGAUGUGGGGGCUUCAUGGAGAUGCUCCAAAAUCUCCACCUCAACGUCCCCUUCCUUGAAGCUAUGGCUCACAUGCCAAGGUACGCAAAGUACCUCAAAGGAUUCCUCACCAAGAAACCAAAUUUCGAAGACCUCGCCAAUGUGACUCUAGGCGAGGAGUGCUCGGCCUUCAUCCUCAACCGGUGGCCCAAGAAGCGACUCGAUCCAAGUAGCUUCACUAUCCCUCUUAGUAUUGGUAACCAUCACAUAGAAAAUGCCUUGGCGGAUUUAGGAGCAAGUGUGAAUGUGAGGCCCUAUAAGCUUUUCAAAAGGCUAGACCUAGGUGAACUUAAGACCACUAAUCUUAGUGUCACAUUAGUCGACCGCUCGGUCAUUGAUCCUAGGGGCAUUGUGGAGGACAUGCUAGUACGAGUGGGCACGUUUUGCUAUCCGACGGAUUUUGUGAUCCUUGGUAUAAGUGAGGGCUCAGAUAUGCACCUCAUACUUGGACGUCCCUUCCUUGCCACCGCUAAGACGUUAAUCGAUGUUAAUGAGGGGACCUUAAUUCUGAGGGAUGGUGAGGAGAGGAUCACUCUUGAAAUUGAACCUAAGGCUAGGAAUGAGGAUGUGAAGGAAUUGGUGUCGGAUGAUUUGAAUGUGAGUGGAGGAGAGCCUCUCAAGGAGAACCCCACUAUUACUUGGGUUGCGUGUGAGGAUAUUAAGCAGGAAGUUAAUGAGGGUACUAUUCCUAAAGAGAGGAAGAAGAAAGCUUGGAGAAAGAAGAUGAAGCAGGCUUUGGCCUGAAAGAAGGAGAAGGGCAAAGCAAAGGUUGUCGGCCAAGAAGGCCACCCUAUCGAGCUUUAGUUGGGAGGCUACAUCCUCGCCCCGAGAACGUGGAGGAUCCACUCUCAGUUGCAUCAUGUUCCAAAGCAUGAUAGAUCUGCAACGUCAAGCUAGUGACGUUGACUUAACGCUUGUUAGGAGGCAACCCAAUGGAGGUUUGUUUUCUUUUUCUUAUUUUUCGUUUUUGGGAUUAAGUGAAGAGUUCAAGUGUUCGAGUGGUAUCCCCAUGCCAAGAUUUGUGGUUUUUGACUUGCACGAACCUACACCACAAUAAAACCCCAACUAGAGCCCAAGUUUUUAAACUCUAGUCGGGUGCAGUAUAGGGCAAGUAUGUAGAUAUCGACCUAGGUCGGUCCGUCUACCGCUACUUCAGUUGGCACCCAGAGACGAGGAAGGGCGUAGUAAGCGAAAUCAUUAUCUAGCAACUAAGGUUUAAUUUAAAGGUUUUCUAAUUGAAAUAAAAGAAAGCAAAGGUG